CGCCCGGGGCCACGAUGGAGCGCGACGGCUGCGCGGGGGGCGGGAGCCGCGGCGGCGAGGGCGGGCGCGCUCCCCGGGAGGGCCCGGCGGGGAACAGCCGCGAUCGGGGCCGCAGCCACGCCGCCGAGGCGCCCGGGGACCCGCAGGCGGCCGCGUCCUUGCUGGCCCCCAUGGACGUGGGGGAGGAGCCGCUGGAGAAGGCGGCGCGCGCCCGCACUGCCAAGGACCCCAACACCUAUAAAGUACUCUCGCUGGUAUUGUCAGUAUGUGUGUUAACAACAAUACUUGGUUGUAUAUUUGGGUUGAAACCAAGCUGUGCCAAAGAAGUUAAAAGUUGCAAAGGUCGCUGUUUUGAGAGAACAUUUGGGAACUGUCGCUGUGAUGCUGCCUGUGUUGAGCUUGGAAACUGCUGUUUAGAUUACCAGGAGACAUGUAUAGAACCAGAACAUAUAUGGACUUGCAACAAAUUCAGGUGUGGUGAGAAAAGGUUGACCAGAAGCCUCUGUGCCUGUUCAGAUGACUGCAAGGACCAGGGCGACUGCUGCAUCAACUACAGUUCUGUGUGUCAAGGUGAGAAAAGUUGGGUAGAAGAACCAUGUGAGAGCAUUAAUGAGCCACAGUGCCCAGCAGGGUUUGAAACGCCUCCUACCCUCUUAUUUUCUUUGGAUGGAUUCAGGGCAGAAUAUUUACACACUUGGGGUGGACUUCUUCCUGUUAUUAGCAAACUAAAAAAAUGUGGAACAUAUACUAAAAACAUGAGACCAGUAUAUCCAACAAAAACUUUCCCCAAUCACUACAGCAUUGUCACCGGGUUGUAUCCAGAAUCUCAUGGCAUAAUUGACAAUAAAAUGUAUGAUCCCAAAAUGAAUGCUUCCUUUUCACUUAAAAGUAAAGAGAAAUUUAAUCCUGAGUGGUACAAAGGAGAACCAAUUUGGGUCACAGCUAAGUAUCAAGGCCUCAAGUCUGGCACGUUUUUCUGGCCAGGAUCAGAUGUGGAAAUUAAUGGAAUUUUCCCAGACAUCUAUAAAAUGUAUAAUGGUUCAGUACCAUUUGAAGAAAGGAUUUUGGCUGUUCUUCAGUGGCUACAGCUUCCUAAAGAUGAAAGACCACACUUUUACACUCUGUAUUUAGAAGAACCAGAUUCUUCAGGUCAUUCAUAUGGACCCGUCAGCAGUGAAGUCAUCAAAGCCUUGCAGAGGGUUGACAAUAUGGUUGGUAUGCUGAUGGAUGGUCUGAAAGAGCUGAACUUGCACAGAUGCCUGAACCUCAUCCUUGUUUCGGAUCAUGGCAUGGAACAAGGCAGUUGUAAGAAAUACAUAUAUCUGAAUAAAUAUUUGGGGGAUGUUAAAAAUAUUAAAGUUAUCUAUGGACCUGCAGCUCGACUGAGACCCUCUGAUGUCCCAGAUAAAUACUAUUCAUUUAACUAUGAAGGCAUUGCCCGAAAUCUUUCUUGCCGGGAACCAAACCAACACUUCAAACCUUACCUGAAACAUUUCUUACCUAAGCGUUUGCACUUUGCUAAGAGUGAUAGAAUUGAGCCCUUGACAUUCUAUUUGGACCCUCAGUGGCAACUUGCAUUGAAUCCCUCAGAACGGAAAUAUUGUGGAAGUGGAUUUCAUGGCUCUGACAAUAUAUUUUCAAAUAUGCAAGCCCUCUUUGUUGGCUAUGGACCUGGAUUCAAGCAUGGCAUUGAGGUUGACACCUUUGAAAACAUUGAAGUCUAUAACUUAAUGUGUGAUUUACUGAAUUUAACACCGGCUCCUAAUAACGGAACUCAUGGAAGUCUUAACCACCUUCUAAAGAAUCCCGUUUACACACCAAAGCAUCCCAAAGAGGUGCACCCCCUGAUACAGUGCCCCUUCACAAGAAACCCCAGAGAUAACCUUGGCUGCUCAUGUAACCCUUCGAUUUUGCCAAUUGAGGAUUUUCAGACACAGUUUAAUCUGACCGUGGCAGAAGAGAAGAAUAUUAAGCAUGAAACUUUACCCUAUGGAAGACCCAGAGUUCUCCAGAAGAAAAACACCAUCUGUCUUCUCUCCCAGCACCAGUUUAUGAGUGGAUACAGCCAAGACAUCUUAAUGCCGCUUUGGACAUCCUAUACCGUGGACAGAAAUGACAGUUUCUCUACGGAAGACUUUUCCAACUGUCUGUACCAGGACUUUAGAAUUUCUCUUAGUCCUGUCCAUAAAUGUUCAUUUUAUAAAAAUAACACCAAAGUGAGUUACGGGUUCCUCUCCCCACCACAACUAAAUAAAAAUUCAAGUGGAAUAUAUUCUGAAGCUUUGCUUACUACAAAUAUAGUGCCAAUGUACCAGAGUUUUCAAGUUAUAUGGCGCUACUUUCAUGACACCCUACUGCGAAAGUAUGCUGAAGAAAGAAAUGGUGUCAAUGUCGUCAGUGGUCCUGUGUUUGACUUUGAUUAUGAUGGACGUUAUGAUUCCUUAGAGAUUCUGAGGCAAAAAAGAAGAGUCAUCCGUAAUCAAGAAAUUUUGAUUCCAACUCACUUCUUUAUUGUGCUAACAAGCUGUAAAGAUGCAUCUCAGACUCCUUUGCACUGUGAAAACUUAGACACCUUAGCUUUCAUUUUGCCUCACAGGACUGAUAACAGUGAGAGCUGUGUUCAUGGGAAGCAUGAAUCCUCAUGGAUUGAAGAAUUGUUAAUGUUACACAGAGCACGGAUCACAGAUGUUGAGCACAUCACUGGACUCAGCUUCUAUCAACAAAGAAAAGAGCCAGUUUCAGACAUUUUAAAGUUGAAAACACAUUUGCCAACCUUUAGCCAAGAAGACUGAUAUAUUUUUUUAUCCCCAAACACCAUAAAUCUUUUUGAGAGAACCUUAUAUUUUAUAUAGUCCUCUAUCUACACUAUCGCAUUGUUCAGAAACUGUCGACCAGAGUUAGAACGGAGCCCUUGGUGAUGCGGACAUCUCAGGGAAACUUGCGUACUCAGCACGGCAGUGGGAGAGUGCUCCUGUUGAAUCUUGCACAUAUUUGGAUGUGUAAGCAUUGUAUACAUUGAUCAAGUUUGGGGGAUAAAGACAGACCACACCUAAAACUGCCUUUCUGCUUCUCUUAAGGGAGAAGUAGCUGUGAACAUUGUCUGGAUACCAGAUAUUUGAAUCUUACUAUAUAAACCUUGAUGGCAUUGGGCAAACAGUAGACUUAGUAGGAUUGGGGUAGCCCAUGUUACGUGACUAUCUUUACGAGAAUUUUAAAGUAGUUCUGGAUUUCUUUUAAGUUGGAGUUUCAUUUCUUUUCAUUUUAAUCAAAAAAAAAAAAAAAAUUAACAGAAGCCAAAAUACUUCUGAGAUCUUCUUUCAGUCUUUGGUGUGUAUCCCCUCAAAAGCCAAAUUGUUAAUCUUGUGUGUUUUUUUUUUUUAAAUUUUUUGAUUGGAUUUCUUUAGAUUUAAUGGUUCAAACAAGUUCAACUUUGAGGGAUGAUCUUUGAACAUACUUACUUAUUA